AUGGGAGAAGGCGGCGAAGCGGAGGGGUUUACCGGCGGGUUAGGGAGGCAGCUUCGCGAGGGGACGAGAAGGGAGCACCAGCGAGGACGACCGAUUAGGGCGCAGCUUCGCGAGGUGACGGGAAGGGAGCAUCGGCGAGGAGGACCGAUUAGGGCGCAGCUUCGCGAGGGGAUGGGAAGGGAGCACCGUCAGGCGGAGAAGAGGAGAGAGAGCAUCGGCGAUUACAAUGACGAGAGAAGGCGAGAGCAGUGGGGAAGCGGCGUGAGCAGUGGGGAAGCAGCGCGAGCAGUGGGGAAGCGGACGAAGAGGAAAAGAGGAGGAGAGCACCGGCGGCGGCGAGGGCAGUGGGGAGGUGGAGGAGACACCGAUGAUUGCAAUGACGAGAGAAGGCGAGAGCAGUGGGGAAGCGGAGCGAGCAGUGGGGAAGCGGCGCGAGCAGUAGGGAAGCGGACGAGGAGGAGAAGAGGAGGAGAGCACCGGCGGCGGCGAGGGCAGUGGGGAGGUGGAGGGGACACCGGCGAGUAA